UGCUACAACCAGGGGGCGCAGUCUCUCGGAAAGGAGCUAAUGCAUCUCCACUUUGCCUCUCCCCGCAACAUGAACUGAAUCUACCCCGGAGAGACCGAGAAAGAUGGCGGCCACUGACCGUUCCCGGUCUGAAGCUGCAAAGCAGCGACGGCAGGAUCAGUUACAGCGAUGGCUGGAAUCGGAAACCGAUCAGACGGGACCGGGAACGCGGGAUGGGUCAAUGGGAACCGGGACACGGCGGGCCCGGGUUCGGUUCGCUCAGGGAGCGGUGUUUAUGGCUGCCUGUUCGGCCGGGGACACAGAGGAGGUAGCGGCGCUCCUACGACAGGGCGCUGACAUCAACCACGCCAAUAUAGACGGGCUGACAGCGCUUCACCAGGCGUGUAUAGAUGAGAAUGCAGAGAUGGUCCAGUUUCUGGUGGAGAGUGGGACUGAUGUGAACAGGGGGGACAAUGAGGGGUGGACUCCCCUCCACGCUGCUGCCUCCUGUGGGUUCAUACAGAUCACCAAGUACCUGAUAGAGCAUGGUGCACGUGUGGGGGCGGUGAACAGUGAAGGAGAGCUUCCUCUGGAUGUGGUCACUGAGGAUGCUAUGGGGAGACUGCUGAAGGGGGAGAUCAAGAAACAAGGGGUUGACGUGGACAUGGCACGGCGGGAAGAGGAGCGGGUGAUGCUGGCGGACGCCAACGCGGUGCUGGCAGGAAGUGGCGCCCUGACACCUCACCCUAACACCAAGGCCACAGCGCUGCACGUGGCCGCUGCCAAGGGCUACAUAGAAGUCAUGAAGGUCCUGCUCCAGUGUGGUCUGGAUUUAGACAGUAGAGAUGUGGAUGGCUGGACGGCCCUGCAUGCUGCGGCUCACUGGGGGCAGGAGGAGGUGUGCUCUCUGCUGGCUGACAACAUGUGUGACAUGGCUGCUCUCAACAACGUGGGACAAACACCUCUGGAGGUAGCAGAUGACGCCCUAGUGGACACUUUGGAGGAGCUGACAAAGAAACAGAACGCCUUGCGUACUGAGAAAGCCAAGCUGUCCCAGCCUCCUGUCAUCGAGACCAGCCCUCCUAUCAAUAUGGCUCCGGUUCGACCACGCAGGACCUCAAUCUCUCGUAUGAGCAGCCGGGAGAAGAUCUGCCUCCACGAGAGAGAGAAGCACCCUCCCCCUGCCCUGACCAGUAGCCCUGCCGAGGAGGAGGAGGAAGAGGGGGGGGGACCCAGCCGGGGACAGACCCAGCCUGGGGGGCAGGGGACCCAGGGGGGACAGGGGGGGGGACAGGGGGGACAGGGGACCCAGGGGGGACAGGCCAAGGUCUGCAGCAGCUCCAGUUCAGAGGAAGAGGAGGACGAGUCUGAGAGCGAUGCAGAAUCAGAGAAAGCCAAAAACCGAGAGAUCAUCAACAACUUGAACAACAAACGCAACAGCUCGUCCCCCCACGCUACCUCCACGGCAACCAGCACGGCAACCAGCACAUCAGGAAACACCGUUAAAAAGCAGGACCCAGGGAAGCCCCCAGCCCCUAGCUCGGCCCCUGGCGCGGCCCCUGGCUCCUGGAGGACCUCUCUUCGUAAGGCAGGCAGCUCCGUGACCCUGGGGCCUUCAGGUGCCACCGACCCAAGCCAGGAGUCCACCCGCGGGGCGACUGAGUCUGGCCUGGGUAUGACCCGCUCUGCCUCCAGCCCACGCCUCAGCUCCGACACCACCACAGACACCAAGACCACCAAAAUCCCUGUGCCCAAGAACACUAAAAUUAACAUGCCUAAUGACUGCGACCAGCUAGCACUCACGUGUUAA